AUGGUGGAAGGGUUUGUGUCGUUACCUGCUCACCUGACGAGCAGACGCGCGCGCGCCGGCAGGCACAUCUGCAGUGACGUCACGCCGAAGCUCCCGGCGGUGCUGGAGUUCGAGUGCUGCCUCAAACCCGGCUCCAGUGUUAGAGGCUGCACGCCUCUGAUCAGCGCUGCUGUCCUGCAAGCGCAUGGUGUCAUAACCACAGAGGACGAGCAAUAUUUAAUAGAGCCAUUAAAAAAUAUAUCCAGAAAUGUCAGUGAUGUCAACCACGAUGGACAACCACAUGUUAUUUAUAAAAAGGCUUCCAUUCCUUCUCUGCAAGAGCUAAGCGAGAAGUUCAGCUGUGGUGUUUCAGACCUCACAAUAAACAGGACACCUCGCUACGAUACCAAUCCUGAAGCAAACACACCUUACCCAGCCACGGACGGCGACAGCUCGAUGGGUGGCCACCGCCAGCGGCGUUCUGUCAGCUCUGAACGCUUUGUAGAGACUCUAGUGGUGGCGGACAAAAUGAUGGUUGGCUACCACGGUCGCAAAGACAUCGAGCACUACAUCCUGUCCGUAAUGAAUAUUGUUGCCAAACUUUACCGUGAUGCCAGUCUUGGAAACGUUGUGAACAUUAUUGUUACCCGACUGAUUGUUCUGACAGAAGAUCAGCCCAACUUGGAGAUAAACCACCAUGCAGACAAAUCUCUAGACAGCUUCUGUAAAUGGCAGAAAUCCAUUCUUUCUCAUCAGGGAGAUGGAAACAGUAUCCCAGAGAACGGGAUCGCCCAUCACGACAAUGCUGUUCUCAUUACCAGGUAUGACAUCUGCACCUAUAAGAACAAACCCUGCGGUACUCUCGGUUUGGCGUCCGUAGCCGGAAUGUGUGAGCCAGAGAGGAGCUGCAGUAUUAAUGAAGAUAUAGGCCUUGGUUCAGCCUUCACUAUUGCACAUGAGAUUGGACACAAUUUCGGCAUGAACCACGAUGGGAUUGGGAACUCCUGCGGGACCAAAGGUCACGAGACAGCCAAGCUGAUGGCGGCCCAUAUCACAGCCAACACCAACCCCUUCUCCUGGUCAGCCUGCAGCAAGGACUAUAUCACCAGCUUUUUGGACUCCACUAAAAUCCCCACUGGUGCACACAAUAUGGCCAGCUCACACACCUGGUCAGCCGGAACCUCGGGCUCCUCCUCCAGGACGAAUGUGGCUGCUGGCUCCAUCUCAGUCUAUAUCUCCAUGGCAGGGAUGUGCAGGGUCUCUCUGCGGUGGGCUCUGGCUCUUUGUCCACUGUGGACGUGGGCGCUGGGUCCUGGCUCUGGGAUAAUGACGGAUGGUGAAGUUGAUGUACUCGGCCAGCAUCCAGCAGGAGUUUCCACGAAGCAUCACCAGGCAGAUCUUGUCAUCCAGUCCAACACAAAAUCCCUCUAUAAGCUGAUUGUCGCUGCAGAUGAUGAGGUGGCUGGCAAUGAUGAACUCCUCCACAUAUGCCUCCAGGAAGUGUGUAGAGAGCUCUGGUGCCUUAGCAAAAGUAACCGCUGUGUCACCAACAGUAUCCCCGCAGCAGAAGGAACCCUGUGCCAGACCAGCACCAUUGAAAAGGGGUGGUGCUAUCAGGGUGAAUGUGUGGCGUUUGGGACGUGGCCGCAGAGCGUGGAUGGAAGCUGGGGACCUUGGACCACAUGGGGCGAGUGCAGUCGUACCUGCGGCGGCGGCGUCUCCUCUUCCAUGCGACACUGUGACAGCCCAGCGCCAACAGGCGGAGGGAAGUACUGCCUCGGAGAGAGGAAGCGCUACAGGUCGUGUAACACUGACGCUUGUCCAGCAGGAUCACGUGACUUUAGGGAGAAGCAGUGCGCCGAUUUUGACAACAUGCCUUUCCGUGGGAAGUACUACAACUGGAAGCCGUACACUGGAGGUGGAGUGAAACCGUGUGCGUUGAACUGUCUGGCUGAGGGCUACAACUUCUACACCGAACGUUCGCCCGCCGUCAUCGACGGCACGCGCUGCCAGGCCGACUCGCUGGACAUAUGCAUCAAUGGAGAGUGCAAGCAUGUUGGCUGUGAUAACAUCCUGGGCUCGGAUGCCAAGGAGGACAGAUGCCGUGUGUGCGGAGGGGACGGCAGUACGUGUGAGGUCACCGAAGGACUGUUCAAUGAUUCGCUGCCCAGAGGAGGUUAUAUGGAGGUUGUCCAGAUACCAAAAGGAUCGGUUCAUAUUGAAAUCAGGGAAGUGGCCGUGUCAAAAAACUACAUCGCUUUGAAAUCAGAGGGGGAUGACUAUUACAUCAACGGAGCCUGGACCAUCGACUGGCCCCGCAAAUUUGACAUCGCAGGAACAGCCUUCCACUACAAGAGGCCGACUGACGAACCCGAGUCGCUUGAAGCUUUAGGGGCCACCAUUGAAAAUUUGGUGGUUAUGGUGCUACUACAGGAACAGAACUUGGGCAUCCACUACAAGUUCAAUGUGCCGAUCCAGCGUACAGGAAGUGGGGACAAUGAAGUGGGCUUCUCCUGGCACCAUCUGCCCUGGUCUGAGUGCUCAGCAACAUGCGGAGGAGGCUCGCAGAAGCAGGAGGUGGUGUGUAAAAGACUGGACGACGAUUCUGUGGUCCAAAACAGCUACUGCGACCCAGACGGCAAACCGCCAGGGAACCAGCGACCUUGCAACACCGAGCCGUGUCCUCCGGAGUGGUUUAUCGGUGACUGGUCAGAAUGUGGGAAGACCUGUGAUGGAGGCGUCCGAACACGCACUGUUUUGUGUAUCCGUAAAAUCGGACCCGCCGAGGAGGAGACCCUGGAGGACAACCACUGUCUGACCCAUCGGCCAAUAGAACAAGAGUCCUGCAACAAUCAGUCCUGUCCGCCCCAGUGGGUGACGCUGGACUGGUCUGAGUGCACCCCAAAGUGUGGCCCUGGCUUCAAGCAGCCAGUGACGUGUGUUUCCGUGAGUGACAGCGAGUAUAACAGCUCAAGAGUGUGUAGUGGUAGUAAUAUCAUCCAGAUUCUUCUACACAAUGGAAUCUAUGCACACUACAAUCUGAGCGCCAAACGAGUUUCCGAUACAGAAUUCUCCCAUAGAAAACUGUGCUCUGCUCAAUGUGGACUAGGGCAGCAGAUGAGGAUGGUUCAGUGUCUGUCAUAUACGGGACAGCCCUCCACCGAAUGUCCAGAGUCACUACGGCCAAACAUCAUGCAGCAGUGUGAAAGCAAAUGUGACGCUAUACCCAUCUCCGGUGGCGACGAGUGCAAAGACGUAAAUAAGGUGGCAUAUUGCCCAUUGGUGCUGAAGUUCAAGUUCUGCAGCCGUGCGUACUUCAGACAGAUGUGCUGCAAGACGUGCCAAGGACACUGACCCCAUGGAGAGAAGCAGAGACAGAUGCUGCAACGAGGAAAGAGAGAGAAAACUGGCAGAGAGAAAAGUCAAUGCUGGGCACAGAAGAAAGAAGCCUCUCUCUCUCGCUAAUCAACACACACACAACUGCUUUUAGCCCUGUGGAACCCAAACCACUGCUCAGCACUGCGCUGACACCUGUUUUAUUUUCACUUCUGUGAAGUGGGAAUGUAUAAAAUGAUCA